AUGAGUGGUUUAACCGAUUUAACAUUAGAAGAUGAGCCAACUCCUCAACAUUCGACUCAACCCGAGAUUUCUAAUUUAGUUUAUAAUGCAAUUAUAUCAAAUGAUAUUUAUGGAUUGGGUAGAAUACUAAGAGAAAAUCCUGACUACGACAUUAACACAUUGAUUACUAAUGAAAUCACUGCCGAUGGAAAUAAUCGCAAGGGUAAAAAUGUUUAUUUGACUCCUUUGAUGAUUUCUUGCACUUUGAAUUAUGUCGAUAUUACCAGAUAUUUACUAAAGAAAGAAAAGAUUGGGAUUGAUCUACAAGAUAAAAAUGGAAAAAGUGCAUUAUUUCAUGCAACUCAUAACGGAAACUUAGAAAUCGUAAAACUGCUAUUACAGUAUAAAGUAAACGUUAACAUCACCGAUAAACAUGAGAUGUCUCCAUUAUUAGUGGCGGCAACUUAUGGACACACCUCAAUAUCUAGAAUGUUGUUAGAUGGAGGGUUUCAAAUUGAUGUUGAUUAUCAAGAUGAAACUGGUAAAACUGCAUUGGCGUUAGCUUGUUAUCAAGGUCAUACAAGCACUGUUGAAUUACUUAUAAAACAUGGCGCAAAUGUCAAUAUUGUUGACAAGUCGGGUUGGACAGCGCUGAUGUCAUCUGCAUUUUUUGGUAGAACCAACAUAUGCUAUCGAUUACUCGAAUCAGGUGCCGAUAAAACAAUAAGAGAAGCCAAAAAUCAUAAAAGUGCUUCUGAUCUUGCUAUUGACGGCGGCUUCCCUCAUUUAGCAAGCGUUGACGAGAAUGAUAUAUCAUCAAAUUUCCAUUAUGACAAAGAUUCAAGGAGAGUUUCUUUUUUCGCUAACGGGAAUAGACGCUCAAAAAGAUACAGCAGUCAAAAUAUUCAUAGCAUCUCUAGUUUAAAUCGUCAGAAUGAUCAGGACGAUUUGAUCGUGACAAGACUACAAUCAAAUCAUAAUUAUAGAGAUUCUCUUGAUUAUAAAUCAAUAGCGGAAUCUAUGAAGCAUAACAGCAGAACCAUAAGCGCAGGUGAACGAUUACGUGACGAAAUGAAACCACGUAAAGAGGGUACUGUUUGGUCUUUCAUCACCCUCAUCCUCACCUUCUACAUACCUGAUUAUUUGUUAAUCAGAUUUGGUAAAUUAACAAGUGAAGCAUCUCGCCAAGCUUGGAAAGAAAAAGUAGCAACGUGUCUUAUAAUCAUCAUGGCGGUAGUUGCGACGGCUCUUUUAACAAUAAAUUUGAGUUUUGAGUUUUGUAAUACUCCUAUACCUAUACCAAAAGAUAUGAUUCAAAAUUCUUGGUCAGCGACCGGUUCGGAUAGUCAUAGAGUAAUGAUCGUCAGGGGUAAAAUUUAUGGAGUUGGUGAUUAUUUCAACAUGGAUCUGCAUCAACCUGUUUCUCCUCCUCAAACCAAUGCAACCUUAACACCUUUCAUUCAAAGUUUUUAUGGUCAAGAUGCUACUAAAUUUUUUCCAUUAGAUGGUGCUUCAAUCGGUUGUAAUUAUUCACCUGUAAUUAACAACCUUUGUGGAUUUAGUGACAGUGAAUUGAAUGAUGGCAAAUUUCAUUGCCAUUCAUCAAAAAAAUCUCUUGACUCUCUUAGAGCUUUAUACACCAAUCUCCACGUUUCUGUUCCAUGGGAUGAAAUCAAAAAUGCUGCUAAUAACAUAACCAAUAACAAAUACAUUCUAUACGAUUCGCUUGUUUACAACCUAACUGAUUAUUUAUCAGACAAUAACAAUAAUUUAUGGUUGGGAAAAGACGAUAAUUCAAAAACACGUUACAAAUCGUUACUAAACUCAAUAGCAAACAAAGAUGCAACAUUAGCCAUUAAUCGACAAACAGAAUUUACCGAGAUACUGCCUUGUUUAGAACAUUUUAAUAUUGGAAGAUUAGAAGGCGUUAGCAGUAACUGUGUGUUGUAUUCGCUAUCAACAAUCUUCUAUGUUGGGCUUUUCAUGUCACUUGGCUCAAUCAAAAUAAUAUCUUCAGUAAUUUACAAUUUCAUAAUAACAAAAAGAAUGAUAAAAACAGACGAUAGCAAACCCGUCAAAAAUUUAAUUGUAAUGGUACCUUGUUAUUCAGAAUCUUCAGAAGCAAUAUCAGGUGCUUUGAGAUCAUUAGCUGUGGCAGAUUAUCCCGAUCAAAAUAAAUUAUUGUUUAUAAUCGUCGAUGGUAAAAACAUUAUUGGUAAACAAAAUAAUAAACCGACAUCACAAAUAGUAAAAGAUUUAUUAGAUUUGAGAGAAGACAAAAAAUUCCAAAACAAAAAAGAAUCAACAAUAGCUGAAGAAGGGGAGAUGGAAGAAAAUGAACCUCAGCCAUUAAGUUACACAUCAAUUGCCAAAGAAAAAGGCAACGUCACUGCACAUAACAUGGCACAAAUUUAUUCUGGAUAUUAUAGAUACGAGGAUAGAUCGGUUCCAGCAAUAUUGGUGGUAAAAUGUGGUACUCCUGAAGAAAGAGAGGCAAACAAGAAUUUAAAGAAUGAUAGAUCUGGAAAUAGAGGAAAAAGAGAUUCGCAAUUGAUAUUGUUCAAUUUGUUGAGAGUCGCCUUUAAUAAUUCACCAAUGACAAAGUUAGAUUUUGAAUUAUUUGAAAAAAUUCGUUCCAUAACAAAUGGUUUAACUGUAGACGAUUAUGAAUUAAUGACGAUGAUCGAUGCUGACACCGUAGUUGAUGAAAAUAGUUUAAAAUAUCUAAAAAAUUACAUCGAUAAUGAUGAUGACGUAAUCGGUAUAUGUGGUGAAGCACAAAUUGCUAAUAAAACCGUUAGAUGUUUUGCAAUGUAUAGAAUCUAUGCUAAAAACAAACACAACAGUGAACUUCGUGUUCCAAUAAUAAUUGAUGAUUACGUAUUUACAAAUUAUUUCAGUGAUGAAAAUGACACUCUGCACCAAAAAAAUCUGAUAUUAGGUGAAGAUAGGUAUCUUACAACAUUGGUUGUGCGCUCAUUUCCUAGACGUAGAAUUGUCUAUUGCACAGAUGCAACUUGUCAAACAAUUGUUCCCGAAACUUUUUCAGUAUUACUAUCACAAAGACGUAGAUGGAUUAAUGGAACAAUUCAUAAUCAAUUAACAUUAUUGGCUUCGCCUGGUUUACCUGGCAGAUUUUGUUUCUCCGUGCAAUUCGUGAUGUUAAUGGAGCUAUUUGUAGUCGCCACGUUACCGUUUUCUUUGAUUUACUUUUUUGUGUAUUUUCUACAAAUCCUUUUGGCAGCUAAUCCAAAUCCAUUAGCGAUUAUUACUUCUAUUACUGUCUACAUGAUGAGUGGGGCUGUAUCUUUAUUUCGAUUAAGUAGUAUAAAAUGGUAUUUCGUUUAUCUGGUUUCAGUACCAUUUUGGAAUAUAAUCUUACCUUUAUACUCGUUUUGGUAUUUAGAUGGCACACAAAAACUUUCAAAGGUAAUAAAAAAUGGUAACGAGGAGGAGGAUGAAAAUAAAGAAAAAUCAAAAACAAAAGCUGUAGAAAUCAAAACAAAAAAAUGGAUGGAUUGGCGAAUGGAUUACGUUAGAAAAAAUUAUAUAUUAUAA